AUGCCAGCUCCUGUACCAGUGGAAUUCUGCUUCCUUUCAGCUUUGCAGGCAUCAGGAAGGUGGACCCUGUGUAUCCCUGAUGUACGGGGAAGCCGUGGCUCGCUGAGCAGCCAUAAUGCACGCAGACAGCCCCUCUUCUUCAUGGAAACGGUGCCUGACACACUGUAUUGUUCUUUUGUAGAAAUCACGCCACCCUCGAGGCCGCCUCCACCUGUUGUGGGCAAGGUGACUCAUCACAGCAUUGAACUGUACUGGGAUCUGGAGAAGAAAAUGAAGCGCCAAGGCCCUCAGGAGCAGUGGUUCAGGUUUUCCAUUGAAGAGGAAGACCCCAAAAUGCACACUUACGGUAUCAUUUAUACGGGAUACGCGACAAAGCACGUCGUGGAAGGUCUAGAGCCCAGGACGCUCUACCGGUUUCGACUGAAGGUCACCAGCCCCUCUGGAGAAUACCAGUACAGCCCAGUCGUCAUGGUGUCCACGACCAGGGAACCCAUAAGUAGCGAGCACUUCCAUCGCGCUGUCAACGUGAACGAUGAAGAGCUGCUUAUUCGAAUCCUUCAAGGAGGCAACGUCAAGGUUGAUGUUCCCAAUAAGUUUGGCUUUACUGCUCUGAUGGUCGCUGCCCAGAAAGGAUACACCAGGCUUGUGAAAAUCCUGGUUUCGAAUGGCACAGAUGUGAACGUGAAGAAUGGAAGUGGCAAGGACAGUCUCAUGCUCGCGUGCUACGCGGGACACCUAGAUGUUGUGAAAUACCUCCGGAGACACGGCGCUUCUUGGGAGACUAGAGACCUGGGAGGCUGCACAGCUCUGCACUGGGCUGCGGACGGAGGCCACUGUGGUGUGAUUGAGUGGAUGAUCAAGGACGGCUGUGAGGUAGAUGCUGUGGAUGCUGGCUCGGGGUGGACCCCGCUCAUGCGAGUCUCUGCGAUAUCUGGGGACCAGCAAGUUGCUUCUCUCUUAAUUGAGGCUGGAGCAGACGUGAAUGUGAAAGAUAAAGAUGGGAAGACCCCUCUGAUGGUGGCUGUGUUAAACAAUCAUGAAGAGCUUGUCCAGCUACUUCUCGACAAAGGAGCUGAUGCGAGUGUCAAAAACGAGUUUGGCAAAGGCGUCUUAGAAAUGGCCAGAGUCUUUGACAGACAGAACGUAGUCUUCUUAUUAGAGGAAAGGAAGAAGAAGGAAAUGCUGAUGAAGUCUUCGGCCUGCUGA